UUUUACGGCCGAAGUAAAUAAGGCGUCAGAUCAUUAUGCAGUCGCGUUUAUUCUGACUGCAGUGUAUGUCCGCCGGUCUCGGGAGUCACGCGCACACGCAUAUUGACUUGUCUACGUGUUUGGCUCAUGGGUUCGCGGUUUUACUAUCUUAGUUUGACUAUCGAGUGACAGAAUAAUGAAUUUAAAAUUGAAUAACGAAGUCCGCGGUUCUAUCAGUCUUUUGCCCGCUCCACCAGUAUCAUCUAUAAAGGAGGAACGACGUCGCACUGGUCGCUACAUAGCCAUCUUAGUCGGUAUAUCCUUGUUGAUACUGGCCAUUUACCAUGCGUGGGUGCGUCGUAUCCCAGUCGUGGCCAGUCUCGUCGUACCCGCACUCAUUAUGUUUGUCUACGUAGCCUGGGUGCUUUAUACUGCCUCGAGAGAUAAACAUAAGUUCUUUCAAUUCCAAGACCCAGAAGCAGCCUUAACAUCUGGUAAUGAAGCAAACGACGACGGACGCGUUUCUCAACUAUCAAAUAAUAAUUUAGAAGAAUUGGUGAUAUCCAGUAAGGAAAGUUCUAAAGUAAACUCGCCUCGAGGUUCAAUACGUAAAGAGUGGUCAAGAACAUCAUCAACUCACAUAAAAGAAGAAAGAAAGUCCAAACCUAUGGAGAAGAGUGUUAACUUUAUAAAGCCUAUAAUACUAGUCAAUGACAAACCACCAGAAGAUCUAGACCAAAAGUGGUCUCAUAUAGUACAGAAUUUAACAAAUAACGACAAACUGAAAGGCUUUUCAACGCGAAGAAGGUAUAAAAGAAAAUUUUGUAGAAGAAAACGAAAUGCAGCAUUUAAAAGAUCUUAUAGUAUCGGUUAAAAUUUAUUUAGUGUGAGGAAAAUCGUUGAAUUGUAUACUGAAUGACUGUUUGUAGAUUUAUUAGUGAAGGAUGAAAUUGCUUUUGCCUGUGAUUCCCUUAAUGUCUUUUUAUGGUGUAAAUAAAUCUAAAUAAAGGUUUCUUACGCGUCACAGAACUUGUUUAUAGAUAGAUACGAAUAGUAAGAAUAGAACAGGCAUAUUUUUCUGAAAGCCUUAUAAAAAAAUCAAAUCAU